AUGUCCACUCUUUCCCCCAGCGAGAUCGCCUAUGAAAAGGCUCACAUCAACCAGACCCGGCAGCCUGCUUGCUACGGGGUCGUUAUCACCUUCUAUAUCAUGGCGAUCGUCAUGGUGGGGCUGCGUAUGGCCGCACGACGACUACAGCGGACACGACCGAGUCUCGAUGAUUAUCUAUCUGUAGCUGGCGUCAUAUUCAUGAUACCCUUUAUGAGCGCCACCCUGGGAGAGGUUGCCAAUGGCAUCGGCCGGCAUAGCAUAACCCUGACCACUCAUGAGUCCAUGAUGCAGAUGAAGUGGGAAGUGGUCAACUUGUACUCAUACACGAUCUCCAUCACGACUAUCAAGUUAUCGAUCCUGGCCCUCCUGGCCCGGAUUUUCUCCACGGCUCCCCGCGGCUUCCACGUCUGUAUCUAUAUACUGACCGGAUGGAUGAUACUCUGGGCCAUCGCCUUGAUCUUUGCCUACAGUUUCCAGUGUCGACCCUUCUCCAGCCAGUGGGAUCUCAGUAACUCCUGCAGGUCAAGCCUUCAACUCCAAUACUCCGCCAGUAUCCUGAAUGCCGUCCAUGACGUGCUGAUCUUCUGCCUCCCGCAGCGGGUGAUCUGGAAUCUUCAUCUCGGCACCCGCAAGCGACUUGCCGUGAGCAUAUCUUUCUUCAUUGGAUUUGUCGCCACCUUGAUGGCACUCUUGAAGAUUGCGUACAUUCAAGGUGCGCCCGGCACCGACCACAAGUCAGAUUUGUAUGCCAUCGCCCCGGCACUCAUCUUCAACACCAUGGAGCCGCUUUUGGCCUCCAUCUGUUCCUGUCUCCCCGCCAUCCCGUACUUCUUUCGCCAUGUCCGACUGGACGGCUUCUAUCAACUCUCAACCUUCUUCCGGAGUCUUAAUAACUCGAAAGACUCCGGGAUCAACAACAGCAGGAGCAACUCGCAGUACCCCCGUUGCCAAGGCACGUCGACGGAGUCCAUCACCGAACUGGCAAAGCGAUCGGAGGAGGUGGUCUAG